ACUUCAAACGCGGACAACGAAAGUACUGAAACGCAAUCGAGAAAAAUCAAAACGGAAGCUAAACCGCCAUUGUCCAUAGGCACAGUUAUGGCAGCUGACCCAACAGCAGCAGUGCACGCUAUUGACGACGUAGAUGGCAUGCAGACGCUCACUUCCAGCCAGUCACAGAGCGGUGUGUCUGUGAGAGUUCGGUACCUGUCAGACAAAGCAAAGGGACAGAUUGAAGCAUACGCCGAUGCACAGGUGCGCAAAGCCAUCGCAACAACUGUCAGCGCAGAACGACCAGCCAACACACGCACCAUGAGUGCACUCAGGACACUCGCUACACUGCAGUGCUAUGGGCCUCUGCGGGUGCUGGCUGCGUCUAGCAUGGGAGCGCUUUUCAAGAACGCGUCCACACUUCGCUUCACCAAAGAGCAACUGUGCCCGUCGUUUACCUACCACUUGAUUUACACCUGCACCCGCCCCCAUGCACGCCUGCCACACGGCGACGCGCCACUGUGGGGUGCGUCGCACGAGAACACGGAGAUAGUCAAUCUAUUAAUAGCACUCAAGGGCAGCCCUGCACUGGCAGCCAAUCACAUGCGAUGGUUUACGGACAAUGUCCUGCUCCCGGCCCUAAAAGCCACGGCCGGGGUCACCACGUGCAUCUCAGAGGAGGUGAAAGGGGCUGAGCUGAUCAUGCCCCACUGUUUCCGCAAGGCACGGUACACGGGUGAGAUGCCGUCUGCCGAGGGGACGGUGGUCUCUCCCGGCAACUACGCUGUACUGGAUCUGGCGUUGCUGGCGAGUGUGGUGACCAAGGUCAAGGGGUCGGUGGCUGUGUUUGCGGCGCAAGUGCAGAGAAUGUUGAUGGAGAGCCCAAUGGCCUGUACAGACAUCCGUUGGGUGUUGAAACGGUUAAUUGUGUUGCAUCUGUCGCAUGAGUUCGAUGCGGUGACCUUUGCUGAACACCUCACGUACGCCAAACCCAAAGCCACAACCGCAAUGGAUCCGCAGAUACGCAUGAAUUAUGGCGUGGCCAUUCUGGACGUGGCUACGUAUGCUGUGGUAUGCAUGGUUUCCGCACACACCCACGACGAGUUUACACAACUGCACAACCACAACAACACAUACGGUCACUUGCGAGUCAGUGCACACACGACCACAGCCACAACCACAGCCACAGCCACAGACACAGCCACAGCCACAGACACAGCCGCAGCCACAGCCACAGCCACAGCCACAGCCACAGCCACAGCCACAGCCACAGCCACAGCCACAGCCACAGCCACAGCCACAGCCACAGACACAGCCACGGCCACGGCCACAGCCACAGCCACAGGAACAGACACAGAAACGACCAUGAUAAAGAGUGCUGAGGGCAAAGAUGGUCCUACUGUCCCCGCGAGGAAACGCGCCGGGUCCGACGGCAGUGUACCUGGGGCGGCAGUUGCACCUGCACCUGCACCUGGGAAUUUAGGACUGGACGACGACAGGGCGAGCGAUGGAGCGCAAAGUGGAGUGUAUAUCACUUUGCGAGCCCUACACGAGACCGUCAUGAAUGUGCAGCUGAUUGGGCUGCGCUGGUUGGGCAGUGAUGCGUUGGCGCUACUGCCAGUCAACAAUACGGGCGACUACCACGGGCUGGUGCAAAAGUUGAUGUUCCAACUAGACCCCAUCACGUACGUCAACGCUGAUGCGCCCAGUGAGCUGUCGAUUGAUAUGACUCAUCUCACAGUACUCUUCACUCGUGUGCCGUUGCAUGUGGAGGCGUUGCUGAGUCUACUGACAAUGGGCCUAAAGCCAACUGAGAAUUCUGGGCACACGCGCCUGACCUCCAAGCAAUGUUUGGACCUGGUGGAAGUGUCGGUGCAACGCGCUCUGGCAUUACACAAUGCACUGUCACGCACACCCACAGCCGCAGACGGCGUCUCCAUGGAUCAGGGGAUGACGUCGCUGUCUGUGGAGACGCUGACCAUCUCUGCGGGAGUGUCGGCUGUGCUCGCGAGUGGUUUGUUUAAACUAUCAGAGCACGAGAAUCACCCGACACUGACAGUCACCGCACCCGUCAAGACCACGCCCUAUGCGAAGGUGUUGCCGUUGACGGUGGGUGUGUCGCUGCACUCGUCGGGGCUGUACUACCAGGCACUGCUGGUGGCUGUGCAGUGUGCUUGUGCCAACCCAUCCACUCUGGGGACAUAUCUGUGGACCAACCACGCAGACGCACGCCAUAUCAUGCAAAUGCUCAUCACACAGCGCUUUGUGUACAAUCCGUUGGUGCUGUACUACGCCGAGGCACCAGCCGAUGCAUCACCGGCACACACACAGCAACAGACAGGCGAUGGCCUUUCACAGUAUGAUGCUAUGUUGCAGCAGCAGCAGACCGCAGCUGCUCUGCUCUCCGCCGUAGUACGCGCCCGCGUCCAAUCAGAUCACAACAAUAUCUCAAGCGACCAAUCAGAUUACCCGGAUACCACCGAAACCGCCAUCGCACAUCAGAUCAACACGCUGACCGCCAAUGACGUCAUUGCGAUGGCUAAGGAAUGUGUGACGUCACCGCCAGACGGUAUUCUUCUGAUGUUGCGCACGCAAGACGCAAGCUCCAAACUAGGCCAACUGCUGUGCGCGUGUCGAGUACCGAACUUUCUGGUUGAGACUAUGGACGACGCACAGGCCGUGCAGAAACUCAUCAGAUCCAACGCCUUACACCGGCCGCAUAAUGGUAGCGCUGAUGUGACCGAGUGGCUUCAUCCGUUGGUGCGUUGUGAUGUGCACAUGGUGCCGUUGCUUCCUGCGCGUGUGUUGGGCCAAGUGAUGUUGGUAGCAGCACGUACGCUGUGUCGGUCGUGGAGGGGCGUGACUGCGGUCGCGAGGACGUCCGCGCUGAAUUCGGCGCGUGCGCGUCCGGAGGGGCCGAAUGCGGAAGAUGAGUGCGCGCUGGUUGAUCUGAUUGCGAAGAAACUGCGCGUGUUUGUGGAGGAGCGAAUACGCCCACGAAGCAAUGCAGAACCUACGACACCAGAAUCCAAUGCAGAGAAGGACUUGACGCUGCAGCUGUUUCUGGAUGCCAUGAGUGGCACCUCUGUGCGGCAGCGGUGGGCAGGUCAUGUGUGUCUGUGUGCGGUGCUGAGCGAUGUAGCUGAGGACGGGUCUGUAGAGCGUGCUCCUCUAUCGUAUCCCCUGUCGCGUGAGGCGUAUCACCGGUGUGUGGUGGGUUGGCUGCACUCUGCACUGACGGGUGUCGUGCUCCACAGUGUCAAGGGAGGUGCCCAUGGGUCCAUGGGCAGAGGCAUAGGUCAGCUGACUCUGGGUAGACAUCUGGUGCAUGCACUCAGCAAGGCUUUGCUAUCCGAGACGAGUCCUGCCGUUGUGUUUGAAUAUCUUCAGGUGCUGGUGCGUGUGGCUGCUGCAGGUAUUAUGUCCCAUUUGUUUGUGGACACCACAGUGCUGCAGUGCAUCGCCGAGUUCACACAGACACGCCCGCGUCUGCUGACAAAGGUUUUCUCUGCUAACAAAAAGCCAGGCGUGCACAUGACAACGGUUGCUACGGACAUAGCACGCGUAGCAACGGUUGCUAAUGGAGACACGAGCGGCGACGGCGAAGGCUCUGGCCCACGAACGAGUCCACACGCACACGCACCACACACACACACCACACACACACACAAACGCACACGACCGGGGGGACAGGGCAGAGUAGUGAUGCAACCUCUGUCACUCACACCCACGCACGCACCCAUACACACACACACGCACGCACAACGCCCGUCUGUGCAGCCAGAGAUGGUUGGUGUGUGGGCCGAUCUCAUGGAAUACGACCAUCAUACGCACACGCAGGUGUGUGCGCUGUACAGAGAACUCGUGCAGGUGAUCACACGCAGACUACAGCUGAAAGCCUCAGACACGGUCAUUGAGGUAA